UUUUCUCAUGUUUCUUUUUUCAAUUUUAAAUUAAAAAACGAAUGAACGCAACGUACACGGACCUCCAUCUGUCAUACAGUGUUAUUGUGGCCGCGGUGUGUCACGUGACAAUCAUGACGCGUCGCCAUGGAAACAGUAAGGGCAAACGUUCUAAAAUAACGGUCGCCUGAAAAAACUCACUCUGGGGGGACCGCUAGAAUAUUUUAAACUCACCACUGAAAAGGUUAAAGAUAUCAAGUUUGUAUUUUCACAUAAUGUUCUGUACAUUAUGUAGGACGAUUUUAUGUAGAAAACAGUAAAUCCAAAAAAAAGAGGGAUUUCACCUCUUACAACUAAGUAAUAAACUCAAAGGCAGUCAGUCAUCGGGGUCCAAUCACCAGUAGAUCAUAUGGUUUGGUGAUAAAGCUGCUAUAUCUUUCCACAUAUUAUGAAUCUUGAAUCUCUACUGAUUUGUAGUAUGCAAAAUACAUGCCAGUUCAAAAGGAAAUUAGGAAAUAAGUAGCAAUGCACCCUGAUGCAACUUGAAAUAUACAAACAUAUUAAAUAUCUUAACCUGAUGCUCCUUCUACUGGUCGACUUUAGUAUUACAGUCUUGAUCUGUCAUGCACAGCUAGGGUUGCACUGGUAUUUAAAGGUUUUACAUAGACCUACACAUAGCUGAAUAAACACAUAAGGAUUUCACAGUGUGGAGAAUACUAAUAGCAAAUUAAAAGAAAUCAAUUUCACAAUAAGUAGUAGAGAAGUUCAUCUGCGCAUGUGUAUCACGUGACAAUACUGUAGGCCAGUAGGUUCGACUCAGGAGGCGUAAAUUAAACAGCUUUGGUCUUGUAGUGAAAAUAAGUUGAUGAUUAUUUAAAAAAAAUAAAGUAGUUAUUUAACAGUAUUCACAAUGUCAGUUUGAAUAUAAGAUCACAAUAACAGAAAUUCAAAUCAAAUCACAACACGUUAGUUAUUCAUGCACUAAUCUGGGUGCAAGCAAUAACUAGGGUUUAUAGAAUGCAACCUUACAACAUCAAAAUGUCAUCUUUAAUGAAAUUUGAGUUGACAACCUAAUUUUUGUCAACUAAAAACAUCAAAAAUACAACAAUUCAGGAAAAUAGAUUUCAUUCAAUAAACUCUCUUCAGUACAGUCAGUUUGGUAAAUUCAAUUAAAAAGAUUAGGUUCAACACAUUCGAUGCGGAAGACUCAGGUCAAUAAUUUCAAAACUCAACUCAAAACAGUUUGAUUUUGAAGUUUGAUUCAGUGCAAAAAAAAAAAAAAAAAAUACUUUGUUCAAAAGUGUCCAGAUCACUUCAAUUCAAAACAAUAGGAUUCAGUUCAGUCAGUUCAUUGGUUUCUGUUCAAAUCGGUAGAUUCACCGGGAAAAAAAUGAUUCAAUUCCACAGUUCUAGAAAACUCUGUGUGGUACAAAAAUGUAAGGUUAAAAAAAAAAAAAAAAAAGGAGUCUCUUGAAGAAAAAACAAAAACAAGACUUUGUUCCGUUUAAGCAAAACUAGCAGGUAAUCAGAAUUGUCCUACCUCGCUCCUGGGUUAGUUUGACUGUUUCACUUCAGUCAGCAUUCGUCUCGAGUCUCUUCUAAUUUAAAUUAACUUUGUUCCAACAUGAAGAGAGAGAGAGAAAAAAAGAUCUGUAUAUAGGCAUUACGUUCAUAUCAAAUGUACUGUUCUAGUUCAAUAACAGUACAUAUAAUGUUAUAAUGAAGACAUAUAACAUAUAAUGAAGAGUGGGGAAAACGCCCCUUUUAAGGACUGUGUAAUUUUUUCUUUGAAACAAAAGUUAAAUGUGUCCAGAAUAUGUAUCAUAGUUUUAGUGAAAAUGACAUAAAUUAUAAACCAAGUAUGAAAAAAGUAUGAGUUUUCAUGUUAUUAGAUUUUUAACAAAAAUUCUGGCAAAGCAAUUUGCUUUACAUUUACAGCUAAAUCAGAGUACAGGCAGUUUUAGCUUAAAAUUAAAAACAAUAUAAUCAAUAAUUAUGAAUUACAAUUAUGAAUUAUAGCCUAUUUGAAAUAUAUUAUUAGCUGAUGCAAACUGGCAAGUUAACUAGCUACCUGAUGCUAACUUGAGGUAAUUUUUAAAUAUAAAGUCCAAAUAUUUUUAUCUCAUUAUCAUUAUCACACAAUAUGAACAUAUGGGACUCAUAUACAUGUUAUUGUAUCAGUAUGUCAUUGCUAAAGAACUGAGCUUGCGUUUUCUCUCACUCGAAUAUCAGUAAAUGUGCACUCAUCAAAAUCCAGAGAAAGAAACACAUAGAUGUGUUUAUGCUGUAGCUCAUCUCGUAAAUCUCAAGAAGAAAAUGCAAAAAUGGCAGGAUUUCUACUUAGACUUAACAUGAUUGGACGAUCACUGCGAUGUCAGUCAGUUUACUGACAUGCAUUUAAAUUGAAUUUUAGAAUUUUUCUCACACUAUUUACUCAAUUCUGUUUAGUUUAUUUCUUUAACAAACUGUUUAAUCAUUUCAUUAUUUAUAAUUAAUUUGCUAAAUUAUACACUAAAUUAUAGGGUUACACGUGAUUGCAUUAUAUAUAUAUUUUUUUAUCAGAGCUUGGUAGACAGAUACUUAUUAUAUUUGUAGACAAGUUUAGACAAAUAAUUAAUUAAUAUUAUAAUUAAUGUCACUUAGAUUGGUAUUAAGAUUGUAAGUGUUUUAUUAGCAGUAUGUUAUUUAUUCAUUUAUCAUUCAUAGGCUACAUAAUAAAUAGUCCUGUCAUAUACAAUUUAUGCUAAAAUAAAUUAGUUUAAUUUUAAUUUAGUUAAAAAUGGGGCAAAUAUUUCAAAUGUAGCCCUGAUUAAAAAUUCAUCCCAUCCAGGUUAAAGCUGAUUGUGCAGAAUUGUCUAAAAGGUGAUAAAUGGAUCCAGACAGAAUGACUGCAUAAAGCACACAGAUAUAUCCUUGAGGAGCUCUUUAGGAAUAAAUAAAAUAAUCAAAUGUGUUCUGUUGAAUGUUCACAUAGCCUACUUGUUCUGUUUUGUUGUUGAGUUGUCAGAUGUUGAAAUAAUCAGUGUGAAUGAGUGUCUCUUAUUUUAGUCACACUGAAGGUGGCGACGAUAUUCUCAACUGCAAAUGAGGUUUAUAAAUUAAAUGACAAUAUACUGAUUCCCCUGCUAGGACCACAAAAAUAAUUUAAACUGUGCUGGUUAUACUCUCAGAGUGAGAGUCUGCACUGAGGCUGAUCAAGUUGUACUGUUGUAUUUUCCCUAUAGUGAAACAAAAUGGCUACAACCGAAACAGUGAUUUUUGAUGCACUUCAGGAGCUACUGGAAGCAGAGUUCAAAGAAUUCAAAUGGCAUCUGUCAAAUAGUGGGACACAAGACUCUAUUCCUCGUGGAAAGCUGGAGAACACUAAUCGCCAUGAGCUUGCGACUCUCAUGGUGCAGCAGUACAAAGUUUCAGACGCCAGGAAGAUCGCAGUCCGAACGCUAUGCAAAAUUAAGCUAAAUGAGCUUGCUGAUCAACUGAAGGGACAACUUCCGGAAGUUUCAGAGGAGGUUUCUGCUGAAGGUGGAGCUUCAUCCGGUGCAGCGGCUGCAAACGCUUCAACUGCAGGAGUUAAAGUUACCAUAAACUCCAGUGGAGGAACCGUAAAGGCCCCUGUUAUUCACGGUGGUGUGUUUAACGGCCCAAUGAACUUCAGCUAAUGCUCAAGAACCUGUCUUAUCUUAAACAAUGAUUUUAGUAUUUACAUCCUCAGGUUUCAAAUGAAAGCUGAUAGCGGCUUCUGAUUCAUUGUGUUUUUAGGCUCUUUUAAUACAGCCACAUACAUAUUUACACAUGAAACAAAAUACAAAUUAUGUUUACAGUGUAUUUGAACUUAAAUAAAACUAAAUUGGCAGCUUUCUAAUGAUACUGGAAUGUGAAUGACUAUGACCAGCAACAUUUUUAUUUCAGGAACAUCAUUUAUGUACUUCCUUGUCAAAUUGGGCGGCACCUGAGAAGGGGAGCUGCCAAUGUUUGUAGCAUAUACUCAUUAAAAACAGCUGUAAGCACAGA